GAGGCUGUGCCAGUCAUUAGCAAUUGUCAGAUUCACUCGGAAAUGGCGAAGAACUCGUGGCGGCUCUUGUUGGUGUUCCUUAUCCUGGGACUAAUGUCCGGCAUGAGUCAGCAGGCGUCUUUGGCCGAUUCGGAUUAUUAUACGGCCGGAGUGGUGGAGUUCCGCCAGUCGAUCCUCAGCUUGUCGGCCUGGUCGGAUGCCCUCGAGGGCUAUGUGGAGAUCAUAAACUCUGAGAAUGCCAGCGCCACGGACAUAAUUGUCUUCCCCGAGAGCACACUGAAUUCGGUGGGUUCGACCACGUUUGUGCCCAAUCCCGACGAUCUGAUAAAUCCCUGUUUGAGUGACCCAAAUGCGGAGCUAUACGAGGAGUUCCUGGUGACCCUGUCGUGUGCGGCCCGCAAUGCCAGCAAAUACAUUGUGAUCAAUCUGACGGAGAAGCAAAAGUGUGAGGAUGUGCCGGAGGACACGAGACCGUGUGCCUCGAACGGAUUGAAUGUGUUCAACACCAAUGUGGUCUUCGAUCGGCAGGGCGUGCUGGUGUCCAGGUACCGAAAAAUUCAUCUGUACGGCGAGGCCAAGAACAUCACCUUCCGGCCAGAACUGAGCACUUUUGAGACGGACUUCGGGGUCACCUUCGGGCACUUCAUCUGCUUCGACAUCCUGUUCUACCAGCCCGCUCACCAGCUCAUCGUGGAGCAGGGCAUCACGGACUUUGUCUACCCGGUCAUGUGGUUCUCCCAACUUCCCUUCCUUACAGCUGUUCAAACCCAACAGGGUUGGGCCUAUAUCAACGAUGUGAAUCUCUUGGCUUCUGGAGCCAGUCGUCCCUCCAUUGGAAAUACCGGUUCGGGAAUUUUUCACGGACGUUCGGGCACUUUGACCAGUGUCAUGAGGCAGGAUUCCGGUGAGAGGAGUAUCUAUGUGGCCCAGGUGCCCAAAUAUACCCGCAGUAGGUCCCUACAAAAGCGUGUGCGGAGGAGUAUGCCGGAGAUCAAACACCGAGAGGUGGCCUCAACCAGUAGUUUAUACAUGAAGCGGGAUGAUCUGGAGAACUAUGAAUCCGAUUUGCUGCAGUUGGAUCAGGGAAUAAGUGGCACCAUCAAUAGAACCAUUUGCCAAGGCAGCUUUUGCUGCAACUUCGAUAUUGCCUGGAGAUCGCUGGCGAAUGCGGUGGCGAAUGAUAGUAGUGUAUACUAUAGCUAUCGUGUGGGAACCUACGAUGGUUGGCGCAACGAACAGGAUGUGGAUGCCAAUUACAUUCGUAAUUGUGGAUUGUUCACCUGUUCGGGGGAAUCCAUCGAUGAUUGUGGCAAAUUGCUGACCACCGAGGGUGACCUCCAGCAGCCCCGUGUGACCUUCACGCGUCUGGUGAUCGCGGUCUCCUAUCCGGAGUCACGGGAGUUCCUGCUGAUACCCGACACCCUCCAGGAUAAUCUGCUGCCCUUGGAGCCGAAUCAGUUUGAAUGGUCGCAGCAGAAGCCCCAUGAAGAUAGCUACGUCUAUGAUGUUCGCUUUGCCCUCAAGGAAUCUCAGGAGGUGAGCAACCUGUUGACCUUUGCCAUCUAUGGCAAUUACUAUGACAACGAGUGCACAUUUGGCGAUGGCACCGAGGAGCAGCAGGUGGCCUGUGGAUACAGGAGCGGAUCCACUGGGCUACCAAUCCUAGGGGGAUGGCUAACGAUGCCGCUAGUCAUGCUGGCCAUCACCUGGACCAGGGCCCAAUGAGAUCAAAGUAUAUAUCUAGGGAAAAUGACUGGUUGCAAUACAACCAGUUAGUCACAUUCAGUUGAGUUUUAUUUUUUUUACUACACCUAUUGCUCGAUCUUAACAGUAUUUAUACAAUUAAAAGCUAAUAAAAUAUUCGCCCGACUUUUUUACUACUUUAA